AUGGCUGAUGACGGUAGUGAGUUGAACGGACAAAAUGGUGUUGACCCCCCAGGACUGUUAAAUCAACGGCAGCAGUUGAAUCAGCAGAUUAAUCCCGCACCAGCGGCCCACCAGCAGCAGCAAUUUUUCGCUCCCGUCGUGACUACACACCAGCAACAGCAGCCGUUCAUUCCCGUUUCUGCAGCUCAGCAGCAGCUGUUUACAAACAUUCCGCCCCACCAAUCGCAACCCCAGGUCAGUAAUGAUAUGCUCAUGCAAAUAAUGCAGAUGAUGCAACAGACGAUUGCUCAAAGCCAACAGCAGUUUGCUCAAAGCCAGCUCCAACACCAACAGCUUAUGGCUCAGCUGGUACAGCGGCAGCAACAGUCCGACGAGCAGCAACAACAGUUUUUUCGUACUAUUGCAUCGUCAAUAAACGUGCAAGUACCACCGAACCCGGAACAGAUCCUUGACUCCUUGGCAAGCAAUAUCAAGGAAUUCCGGUACGAGAUCGAGAGUAAUGCCACUUUCGCAGUGUGGUACUCUAGAUACGACGAUCUUUUCGAGAAGGAUGCUGCUAGGCUGGAUGACGAGGCAAAAGUUCGUCUCCUAAUGCGAAAGUUGGGUUUAGCAGAGCAUGAGAGGUACGUAAGCUUCAUUUUACCAAAGUUUCCCAAGCAUUUUAGUUUCGCACAGACAGUUGACAAGCUCAAGAGCCUGUUUGGAGCGAAAGAGUCGGUUAUCAGUCGUCGAUACCGAUGUCUGCAAAUCGCGAAGAAUCCUACUGAGGAUCAUGUGGCGUUCGCGUGUAGGGUAAACAAGGCUUGCGUAGAAUUUGAACUGGGAAAGCUCACGGAAGAACAGUUCAAAUGCUUAGUAUACGUGUGUGGUCUGAAAUCGGAGAAUGACGUCGAGAUUCGUACCCGUCUCCUUACAAAAAUUGAGGACAAUAACGACGUUACAUUGGAGCAGCUCUCCGAGGAGUGUCAGCGUCUGUACAACCUCAAACACGACAGUGCGAUGAUUGAGUCUGCAGCACCAUACAACCAAGUGCAAGCGAUACAGAAGUUUGGUGGAAAGCGAUUAGGCGAGCGUGACCGAGAGUCACCACAACUGUCUUCGAGUGCUACCGGAAGGAAGCCAAGUUAUCCUUGUUGGCUUUGCGGUGCAUUACAUUUCGUCCGAGACUGUAGUUACGACAACCAUAAGUGCUCCGAUUGCGGUCAAGUCGGACAUCGUGAAGGAUACUGCGACAGUGCAAAGUCUCGGAAAUCUGGAAGCAGACGUAAGAAGAGAGACGUCUCAGCCAAAGUGGUGGUGGUCGACGUAUGCAGCGUGGAGCAGCGACGCAGAUUUGUAUCUGUUGGCCUAUCUGGAACGGAUAUUCGACUGCAACUUGACACUGCAUCUGACAUCACUGUCAUCAGCAGGGAGAGUUGGCAGAAACUCGGUAGCCCUGCGCUUUGCCAGCAACAGUCAAAGCGAAGACAGCAUCUGGUAACAUUUUGCCACUCGAUGGGGAAUUCGAGUGUGACGUCACAAUCGGAGAAAGUACACGACGUGAUCUGA